AAAAACAUGGAGGAUUACAUAUGUAAAAUAAAACAGUUUUCUAAACCGGACUUUCAAUCGAAGCAGGAGGUAAUAAUUUAAGGUAGACCAACGCCGGAGCUAAAAGGUUUGCUUUUGACUUCGGGACAGAAGACCCGUUCUUUUCAAACGGCGUGGUACACACGCAAAGGCUGGCUGUGUGGAUGUCCAGCAAGACAGGUAUCAAGGCCCACUAUUGGAGGAUGGGGCUCUGGAUACCAGUGUGAAUGGUGGUGCUGCUUCACCAGAGUUUACAAAGCUCUGUGCUUGGAUUGUAUCAGAGCUCAGACUUUACUGUCAACUGGGGGAGAAUGUCCAUGCCACAAACUGUCCAAGUGAGGCAGAGAGCUUCCAGCUGGAGAUGAGCGGGUUGUUGUCGGAGCUGGCUUGUCCUUACUCCGUCCUCACCAGUGGGGAUGUCACCAAACGGCUUCUCAACAGGAACCACUGUCUCCUGUUACUCUCGUUUUUGGUGUCGGAGCUUGAGGCUUCCAGAAUGAUCCUGGUAAACAGACCCCAAAAGAAAGCAGAGGAGUCUGACAGCCCAGCCUUCCAAGAACUGAAGGGCAUUUGCGUGACAUUGGGCAUGUCCAAGCCUCCAGCCAACAUCACCAUGUUCCAGUUCUUCAGUGGCGUAGAGAAGAAGCUGAAAGAAGCCUCAUGUCGCGUACCACCACAUCAUAUCGGAGAGCCUUUGCUGAAGAAGGCCUUUGGACCUGUGCACAUGGAAAAAAUAGAAGCCGUCAACCAAGCACUUGUGAAUGAAUAUGAAGUGCGGAGGAAGAUGUUGCUGAAACGUCUAGAUGUGACGGUGCAGUCUUUCGGUUGGUCAGAAAGAGCAAAGGCACACGCUGCAAAGUUGGCCAAAGUUUAUCAGCCCCUUCGUUCUGCCCUUGGCAGCAAAAGCAAAGUCUCUGUUGCCCACCUCCUUGCUGCUCGACAAGACAUGUCAAAAAUCCUACGUACAAGCAGCGGCAAGUCACGGGAGAAGACCGCUUGUUCCAUUAAUAAGGUUUUAAUGGGUCGAGUGCCAGACAGGGGAGGCCGUCCCUGUGAGAUUGAGGCCCCCCCUCCAGAGAUGCCGUCCUGGCAAAAGCGUCAGGAUGCCCCCCAAGGUAGUGGACAAUAUGGUGCUGGUGGGCACGGCGGUAGCAGGGGAGGUUAUGAUCAGUACUCUCAAGGGCGAGGGGGCUCUGAUAGGAGUGGCACCGAAAGGGGGGGCAGGGGAGCAAGCGGCAGAGGCGGGAGGGUGCAAGGAGGUUGGGGGGAGGGGGCAGGAGGAGGACGAGGCGGUUACAACCAGGGCCAGUAUCAAGAUUCAGGGGUCCAUCAUGGGGGAGGCGGAACAAGAGGUGCUUAUAGAGGAAAUUACCAAGGAGCCCCCCAGGAGUCCAGCCACCAUGCAGGUUACUAUGACAAUCAGCACCAGAAUGGAGGCUGGCAUCAGGAGCGAGGCGGGGGUAGAGGUGGCCGUGGACGAGGGGGACGAGGCGGACGAGGGGGGAGAGGAGGCCUGAAUUUGAACCAAGGAGGACAAUUUGAACAGUUUUUCCAACACGGCGGACAGCACUACAACCAAGCUGGCUUCAAUCAAAGCCGCCACUACACCAGUUGAAGAUUUGGGCAGGACUUUGUGCACACAUCCUUUCUAGGCCUUAUCAAGCAAUCUCACACUUCAGCAUGAUCACGCUUAAUAUUUUUACAGUGGAACCCACUUAAGUUGACCCCGUUUAUGUUGACAUAGCCACCAUUUUCUUCUUAUUACUAAAAAGUGCCCCUUAAGUCGAUGUCGACACUCAUGGUGGAUCGCUUUUGUCGACAUAAAAAGUAUGUGCCAAAGAGGUGAUUUCUAUUAAAAAAAGGCAGUUUAUGUUGACAUUUGUUGUAAUAUAAUCAUUAAGCAGCAACAUAACUACGGUCUAAUUACGCAAUGUUAAAACCUGCACUCACUGACUUCCUGUUCAGUGCAAAGUAUUCUUCAAAAUAAAAGCAUGCCAGUCUUUUUACCUGGAUUCUACCACAGAAACUGACAAAUUGCACACUUAUCUAUUCUAGAUUGUCAGCCACUUUAGAGGUUAAAUACUUAGAUCCUACACCGUUCCCUCAGACUGGAGUGGUCCUAUCUAGUCUGCGAGCAUGAAACGAUGAAGUCUGCUAUGACGAGAGUCGAAAAGUCCAGUUUCCACAGCUUUGUGCGUGGAUGAAAACUUUGUCAUUUAAUAAUCAAAACAUACAAGCAAAUUAGCAGAAGCUCUGUUGGAUAAGAAAUAAUUGUAUACAAAUUAUUAAUCUAUCCGUUUUCUGCCGCUUCUCCCUCUCGGGGUCGCGGAGGGAGGCUAGACACUAUCCCAGCUGCACUCGGACUGGAGGCUAUGUACACCCUGGACAAAUCGCCACCUCAUCGUAGAGCCAUCACAGAUAGACAACCAUGCGCAUGCACACACACACAUAUAUAUACCGUAUAUACACACACGGCUCGGGAUCUUUCUGUGUGGAGUUUGCAUGUUCUCCCCGUGACUGCGUGGGUUCCCUCCAGGUACUCCGGCUUCCUCGUACCUCCAAAGACAUGCACCUGGGGAUAGGUUUAUUGGAAACACUAAAUUGGCCCUAGUGUGUGAAUGUGAGUGUGAAUGUUGUCUGUCUAUCUGUGUUGGCCCUGCGAUGAGGUGGCGACUUGUCCAGGGUGUAACCCGCCUUCCGCCCGACUGUAGCUGAGAUAGGCUCCAGCGAUCCCAAAAGGGACAAGCGGUAGAAAAUGGAUGGAUAUAUAUAUACACACACACACACACACACACACACAUAUAUAUGUAUGUA